AUGCGGUUCGGUCGGGAUUUGCAUGCGUACAUUGUGCCGGAAUGGGAGUCUUUCUAUGUGCCCUACAGCGUGGUCAAGCGCACACUCAAGCUGGCGGUCGGGAAGUCGAUCGAUGAAAGUUCUGAGCCAGAUUUUACAGAGGUAUAUAAACUCCUCGAAAAGAGUAACGAGUCGUUUGACGAUUUUCAUCGUGAGAACUGUGAUCUUCUUAGGGUUAGACAAGCCGAACUUUGUAUCAAGUACGAAAGGGCGAUCAAAGCAUGUGCAUUUUCAAGUGAUGGCACGAGGGAGUUCCACGAAGCAAGGAGCUUUCUCAAAGUCGCCUCGGAACUUCGCAAUGAUUUCGAGAAACUCCAAAGAUAUUCUCGUGUGAAUGAAUGCGCGAUGCACAGAUUAUACACCAAAGUUGAGCGAUCGAACAGCUUCGAUACUCCAGCUUAUGAAGAACAGAAGUCUAGCUGGAACGUUUCCCAAAUCGAUCGCCAUAGGCAUUCCGUGAACUUUUUGAACAGAUUGGACAGCUUGACGAGUAGCAUUAAGGAAGCACGUGAAGUUCCCGAGGGUAUGCAGCUGUCUUCAGACAAAGACACAUCUCGUCAGAAGCAAUUCCUCGCUACCAAAAGACCGGCUUUAUAUCGCGCUGUCAGCAACGAUGAUCCCUCUACUUUGGCCGUUCUGCUCCGGAACUUGUCGCGUGAUCCUACGAUAAAGCUUGACCGGAAAUCUAUUGUGUACGAAAUGGCUGAGACUGCCGUGAGCUGUAAUUCUCAACUUUGCUUCGAAAAUUUGCUAGCAAAGGUGUUUGACAUCGAUGGCGUUGUGCUGGAUCACGAGUUGCUGAACCAAAUCAUAUCUAUGGAAGGUCAAACCAAUGAUGACGGCAAGAAGAGAGACUAUAGCUUGUUUGGCUUUGCAUUCGAUUAUCUUGUGCCUCGCCAAACGGACGCCUUGUUUACAAAAGACAACUGUCUGCGCUCAAGCCUGCAUUAUGGGGCACUUUAUGGUCUGGAUUCUGUCUGCCAACCAAUCCUCCGCUGUGCUCAAGGCUUAGGCGGUGGCUACGCUUCAAAUCUGAUCUUGUCGUCGGACUACCAUGGCUUUACAGCAUUCCACUACGCCGUCAUAAAAAACCAUGUGGAUGUUGCAACCACAUUCCUAGAGACCUUGCGGUUGGACAACAGAAGUGACGAAGCAUCGUGCUGGGGCUUGAACGAUCUUCUAAUCAUUGCCCUCCGAUAUCAGCAUGACGAUAUGGUCUUUCUCCUCGUAAAGGCUGGCUUUGGUCCUAACAGUAGUUCUUUACACGAUGAGUCUGCGCUCUAUGUUGCAUCUCAAAUUGGACGUGAAGAUUACGUGAAAAUGUUGCUGGAGGAUGGCAGCGAUGUCGAUAUAAACACCCCCGAAACCCCACAUGGCUGGACUCCAUUGUUCAUUGCUUGCGUGGAAGGUUACCAGUCGAUCGUCGAACUUCUUCUACAAGCGGGAGCUGACCAAGACAAAGUCGACCAUCUUGGUUGGACUGCUAAGGAGCACGCCGCGCUGAGAGGUCACCUAGCUGUUGCUGCAAUCUUGAAAUCAUGGGACUCUAAUAAUCUGACUGGCGGUCCUGCAAGCUUACUGUGGAAGGCGGAAUCUCAAACCAGCUCCCCCCUUUCGGUCUCUGAGCAUCAAGUUAUUGUCAAUCUUGGUGUCUUGAGAAAAGGUGAACAUGUCGAAGCCUUUGACUUUGACGGCUCCUCGGCAACAACUUUAUCCUCCCUCGAGAUGUCGAUCUCGGUAGAGGACAACACAAGCCCAAUUUUGAAAUUGCCCUUGCUCAGUGACAUGAUUAACGAGCCUUUUGUGUUCCCUAUUGCAAUGCCAAGUCAAGCACGUCUGGUUUUCAAUUUUUACAACUCCGACCACUCUUAUGAAGAGCGUCAACUUGUGGGUAGUGCUGCGGCAUUGUUAGGAAGCGAUAGAAAAUGCUUUGGUGAGAACCGCGAGAGUCUCGUCAGAGAACGCACUGUUCCCAUUUUCGAAAAAGCCACAAUGGACAUUAUGGGGACUGUGACCUUUACCUGCAUCAUUGCUAAGCCACUCGCAUCCUCUGAAACUCCAUCGUCUCCCAAACAGGAAUUGGAAAAGGAUACUUUCCAAGUCGUUGGUCAUAGAGGACUCGGUCAAAACACGGCCAAUCGCAGCCAGCUUCAGCUGGGUGAAAACACGAUCGAGUCCUUCCUAUCUGCCGCCAAGCUAGGUGCAUCAUAUGUCGAGUUUGACGCGCAACUUACUAGGGAUCUCGUGCCUAUUAUUUAUCAUGAUUUCUCACUGAGCGAAUCGGGAACCGACAUACCCAUCCACGAUCUCAGCUUUGAACAGUUCAUGUACGCAAGCAAGCUUCAAUCCCCCAGGGGCAAACCUAUAUCGGUCCUCGGAACGCCGAACUCCUAUAUUCUAUCGCAAAGGCCCAGGAUUCGGUCACGCUCUGUGUCGAAGGAACAGGAAGAGGAUACUCAACAUAUUCACGACAGGAUGAAGGUCACUGUUGAUUUCCAAAACAAAGGAUUUAAGCCGAAUACCAGGAGGCAUUCUGUUCAAGGCUCAUUCGCCACUCUAGAAGAAUUAAUUGGAAAGCUACCCGAUUCGAUCAGUUUUAACAUUGAGAUAAAAUAUCCCCGACUUCACGAAGCUGUGGAAGCCGGCAUGGCACCUGUCGCUCUCGAGAUCAAUACAUUUAUUGAUAAAAUCCUGGACCAGGUAUUCCAGACUAAUGGUGAAAGGAGGAUCAUACUCUCCUCCUUUUCUCCUGAAGUUUGCAUGCUCUUAGCUACCAAGCAGAACAUCUACCCUGUCAUGUUUAUCACCAAUGCCGGAAGGUUACCGGCGUCGGACAUGGACAUGAGGGCCAGCAGUCUGCAAGCAGCGGUGCAAAAGGCCGCUGGUCUUCAGCUUCUUAUGGUCGACAAUGUUCGGCUUAUCACGAUGGCCUUGAACGAGAAGCUUCCACUCAACAUCUAG